AUGGACAGCACGAUGUGGCCGGAACUUCCGCCGGACGUGCUCCGCGAGGUCUCCCGCCACCUGGGCGACGCCCGCGACUUCGUCCACUUCCACGCCGUCUGCAAACCAUGGCGCGAUUCACACGAACCAGGGAGGACGACGAGGAUGCAGUGGGUCCUGCCAUGGCUCCUCGCGCCUGACAAUAACAAGACCCCCCUCAGGCUAAGAUGCGUCUUCUCCAGGACGACCUACCAGGCGCGGCCACCUGCUAGCGCCGACGGCACCGCUGUCUGGUACCUCGCCGAGCGCCCCAGCCUAAGCCUCCGCGACCCUCUCACCGGAGCUGUCACCCUCCUCCUGCCUCCCUUCCCGAAGGACAAUGGACGGUGGGAAUCUUCUCCCAGCGGGGUUGUGUACAGUGAUGGCACACUUCUUUUACGCUGCCUCUCCAAACAUGACGGCACCACCAAGCUCAAGGUGGCGCUCCUGCGUCCCGGCGACCUUGCAUGGACGGUUGUGGAGAGGAGGUUCAAGUCCAGCGACUUGUACGACCUGUACGUCUGCUACUACCAAGGAAAGAUCAUCCUCACCGUCGACGGGCCGGUCAUGACGCCGGACGACGAGGCUGGCGUCGUCGGCGACGUGCUGGUGGUGCCGAGGCCGUGCGAGCCCGAUGACUACUACCACGAGCGAAGCUACGUGCUGGAGUCCCGUGGCGAGCUUCUGUGCGUGUCCAUUUACACCAACCAGGACUACCCAGAAGCCUUCGGCGGGGCAGCAAGCCUUCCGGGCCUGGUUCGCGCGCUAUAUGUAUCCGUGCACACGCUACAAGAGGAGGGGUCGUCCGUGCCUGGAAGAAUGCGCUGGGUGAGAAAACACGGUCACCUCCUUGCUGACCGCAUGUUAUUUCUCGGAUGGCCCAACAGCUUCGCUGUGGACUCCUCUCGCCCCGGUAGUGGCCAUGCUGUGAGCGGGGGAUGCGCCUACUUCGUCUGUUGGGAUGAUGGUGUAGUGCCAAAUCGGCCAUGCUGCGUCUUCAGGUACAAUCUCAUAGAUAACAUGGCCAAGUUUGUUGAUCGGCUGCCAGAAGGAUGGAACAGGUCCAUGAACACGUGGCUCUUCCACCAGCCAUCUAUUGCUCCAUCCGAGGUAUACAACUAG